UGUCUUUAUCCUGGAAGGGAAGUUACACCCCAUUGAUAUAUAACCGCAUAUUAUCUUCCGUUUCAUACAAUGAACUGAAAAACUGCAAGUAUUAAUUUCGCACAACCAGUUAAUCGUUAGCUAUCUUUUCUAUCCCCUAAGAAACAAACUAUAUGGCCGCGCAGGCGCUGCAGUAACUACUGAUAUUGAAAUGCAUUGUCAGUAGUAAAGAUCAGUAUCUGACGCGCCUUUCGCGAAUUAAACACAAUGCGUUUGUCUCACAAAUCCAAGGAAGAUGUUUAUAAACGAAAUAACAAUUAUAGUCUCCAAUUAAAUCGUUGGAUUUUAAAGUCGAUAGGCAUUUGGCCCGAAUCACCUACAAGUUCGAUUAUCGAAAAGAUUUUAUCAAAAAUUAUAAGAAUAGUAUGUUACUCCUUAAUAGCUCUCACUGUCAUACCGUCUAUCUUGUAUAUACUUUUUGAAGAGAAAGACUUUCGUUUGAAACUACAAGCUAUAGGACCCACGAGUCAUUGGCUCAUGGGCGGUAUGAAUUAUUCCUCCCUAUUAUAUCAAAAUAAACAAAUACGUAAAUCCAUCGUGCACAUGGAAACCGAUUGGCGUAUGGUGAACAGAGACGACGAUCGGGAAGUGAUGCUGAGAAAUGCGAGAGUCGGUCGCAUUAUAGCAGUGGUUUGUGCAUUGAUCAUGCAAGGUGGUGUUCUCGGUAAUAACGUGGCGAAAGGAUUAUCACCUCUGAUCAUGGUUAUCGGCAAUGAAACAAUAACAAUUGGUCGCUUACCAUUACCGUCUUACAACAAAAUCGUGGAUACCAGAUUCAGUCCGAUCUACGAAAUCCUAUUUACGUUACAAUUUAUUUCUGGCAUAAUAGUAAAUAGCACCACGGUCGGUGCGUGUGGUCUCGCUGCAGUUUUUACGAUGCACGCCUGUGGUCAGCUUAACAUAGUGAUGUUGAGACUCGAGGAACUAGUCGAAGGAAAACGGCACGAAAUUGUAGUUACAAAAAAACUGGCGAAUCUCGUCGAACAUCAUUUGCGGACAUUAAGGUUUAUUUCGCGCAUGGAAAUAAUUAUGCGUCAAAUUUGUUUUGUGGAAUUAGUCGGAUGUACAUUCAACUUAUGUAUGCUUGGAUAUUACACUAUUUCGGGAUGGCACGAGGAAGAUACAAAUACUUUAAUAACGUAUUUAAUUAUUUUUAUGUCGAUGAUGUUUAACAUCUUCAUUUUUUGCUACAUCGGUGAACUCGUUACGGAACAGUGUAAAAAAGUGGGUGAGGCAGCUUAUAUGAUAAAUUGGUAUCAAUUGCCGCGUAAAACUGUGCUCGGUCUAAUUUUAGUUCUUAUACGAUCAAGCAUAGUUAUCAAAAUCACUGGUGGAAAAAUAUUUCAUAUGUCAAUCGCAACUUUCGGUGAUGUAAUUAAAACAUCUGUGGCAUACUUGAAUAUGCUUAGAACUUUAACCAUGUAA